CAUUUUUUCAUCUAAAUUAAUUGACGAGGGCGGUUCGAAUCAUGAUUAUUAUAUAUACUGAGAUCAACUUAUAUAUUGGAAUAAUGUUGGAAGAAUACAAUCUGAUCAUCUACUAAUCAAUUCAAUUGAAGCCCAUGGCGCGAAGGCUUUCUACAUCCUUAUUACUAAGGAAGCAGAACGCAGUGAGAGGAAAUAUGAAGCGAUUGAGAUUGGAGAUGAAGGACAUAAGUAUGGAUCAGAAGCGAAUUCGGAAAGACCAGAGAGAUUUGAGAGAAAAGUUGGAACACAUCAAUGAGCAAUGCGUGCAGCUCAGACAGGAGAUGGAACUGGUCGCCAAGCAGAAAGCUCGGAAUCUGCUCCUCUUGAAUCUCACAUUCAAAAUCUUGAAGGCUCGUCAAGCAGGGGACUUCGCCGCAGCCAUCUCCUUUACUCGAAUCCUCCGUCAGGUGAUACAAAACAGAGGAGCAAAUGAAGGAAUUGCAUCCGAUGAUACAAAAGAAGAACGAAAUAUUAAUAAACUUUAAAUUGUUCGAGAAAUUCUAGGUUUUAUGUUGAUAGAAGAAUAAGAGAUUGCUUUAUUGAUGUAUUGCAAUUGUUGUAUGCAAGUUUGAAUUAGUAGGAGAAAUUAUGUUGUGUUAGACUAGAAAACCAAUAAAAGAUAUUGAAUAUG